GCUUCCUUUUCCGGUCCGCGGGCUGCGGAAGCUGAAAGGGCUGUGAUUCACUCUCACCUGUGCGGCGCCCGGGGCCGUCCAGAGAAGAAGCCAGGCGACCAGUAAAACAUGAACGGAAGAGUGGAUUAUUUGGUCACAGAGGAAGAGAUCAAUCUUACCAGAGGACCCUCAGUGUCACGAAGCUGUUUGUUUACUUCAGUUGCUAUCCUGUUGGAGGUUUUAGGUCUGGGCUUCAACAUCGUCGGUGGGACAGAUCAGCAGUAUGUCUCUAAUGACAGUGGCAUCUACGUCAGCAGCAUCAAAGAGAACGGGGCUGCAGCCCAGGAUGGGCGACUCCAGGAGGGUGACAAGAUCCUCUCGGUAAAUGGCCACGACCUAAAGAACCUGCAGCACCGAGAUGCUGUAGCCCUUUUCCGUAAUGCUGGCUAUGCUGUGUCCCUGAAAGUGCAACACAGGUUACAGGUGCAGAAUGGACCUACAAGCCAUCGAGGUGAAGGGGAGCCAAGUAGUAUUCCCAUAGCUGUGGUGCUGCUGCCAGUGUUUGCCCUCACCGUGGUAGCAGCCUGGGCCUUCAUGAGAUACCGGCAACAGCUUUGAAAGGCUUGUUCUCUUCUGGCUCCCAGUGAACUUACCAUUUCUCUCGACUUCCUUCCCUACCAUUCUCCCAUAUCUUUCCUUCUCUCUUUGUAGCCAAAAUAUGAUUUAAAGUGAAAGAUUCCCACUGUGAACUUUGCUGUUCAAAAUCCCCAAGCCUUUGUAUUCUAAUGGGAGAGUAAAGGUAUUGUUUGAAGGAAAGCUGAAGAAAAGACUUGCUUAGAACAAGUGGGGAGUUUUGUGUUUUACCAAGAUUGCCAAUAGAAAUUCAGCUACCACCCAAAGAGGGAAAAGUCCAGUCUUCCUGUCACCAUGGGUGAUACCUUUUUUCUUAGCUGGCAUAUCUUGAAAGCCAGUGGUAAGACAUGAGAGGAAGAGGGGAUUUUUCUUUUAAUGAUCUUCCUUGAGAAGUGUUUGUGGCCUUUAUUUAAAUAAUUUCUAAUUACAUACAUGGGUGCCUGAUUUAGACACAGGAUAUUGAGGAGAGCUUUUUACUUUUUUAAAAAAGCAAAUACAUAUAUAUAGUACAUACUCAUGUGCAAAUAUGAUAGUAUCAUAUUGAUAUCUUGUGGAGACUUAAAGAGGUAAGAAAGCUACUCUCUGAUUUCCAGGUUUCUCUUUUAAGGAAUGAUUUUAACUGAAGAAUAUAAAGAAUUAUUUGUAGAGCAUGUACAGCGGGAAUGAGGAAGUGAACUUUAAAAACUAAUGCUCAGAGGCAUUAAAAAAUAAACAGCCAAAUAGAAAAUCAUAGAAAGUAUUUGUUUUCAGAAUAGCUAUGGUAAAAUUGAGGUGCAGUGCCAUAAAACAGCCCUGCUUCAGUGAAUGUUAAAAAAAAAAAAAAAAAACAAAAACCAAAAAUACCAAACCAAACAAAAAUACUCUUAAGGUUUAAUGAUAAGUCACACUGCUACCUCUGGACUAUUACAGUGAUUUCUCAGUACCCCGCAGUGCAUUAAAGGAUCAGCUGAGAUGACUGUGAUCAGGGCUUUAGCAGUGGGACAAACCAACCCAGGGAGACAACUCUAAAAGAACGAGGUCGUACUUCAGGUGUAUUAUCUGACCCUCUCAGACUAUUCAGUAUUUCUGGUUUUUAAAUAACAGGCAAAACCUGAAAGAAGGCAUAAAAUUAGCUCUGUUCUGGGUUAGUUAUUGUCUGGACUGCUGGUUUUUAAAAAACAGCUUUUGAUAAGUUAAGAAACUUUUUCAGGAAAAGGAAAAAAUGGGUUUUGUUUGGUGGAUGCUUUCUGGGGAAAACCUGAGAAUAGACUAUGGAUGAAUGGAAGCUAUGAAAUACCAGGAAUAUUGGUGAAGUGGAAUCUAUCCUCUUCAUGUAGUAUUUAAGUUAGUUUUAAAGCCCUGAGGAUAGUAAAUGGGCUAAUUUCUGGCUUUAAUUUCCAUUCUCCAGACAGCAGGCCAGACUGUAGGCUUUAUAUCAUUUUGACUUAAGAUUAUUAGAACUGUCCUUUAGAUAAUCAGUUAUACCCAAUUUUAGCAAGGACAGUCUAAGCAGCCAUUUAACAAAUGCUGAUGGAUGUUAGCUUUGUUAAGACUCAUUUGCAAAGAAGGAAAAUAUAUAACCUUUAUCCUAAAAGGCUUUCUGAGUCAGUUGGGAAGAAAACACUUAAAAUAGAAUUAGUUGCAGAAGUUGGGAUUGGUAAAUUGGUGUCAGCUUUAUAUUGCAGACUCUUACAUUGCAGAGAGAAAAGUUAACUGAGAAAUGAGGCCAGUCAGAAAGUUCCCACAGAGAAAGGGAACAAACUAAGGACUCUUAAGGAGCUGACAGUGUAGUUAACAAAAGAUUUCCUAAAUAGGUGAGUACUGUAUAUCAUCCAUCUGGUUAAGUAACCAUUAAGUUAACCGUGUAGAGCAUGAUGCAGUACAAAGAUGUGCAGAUGACUGUUGUCACAGUUUUUAGAAAUUCAGAAAAGGAAGCUGUCACUUAAUGGCAUCAGAGUGGAAAGAUAUGGCAUUUAAAAAUAAAGAAUCCUUGCCUCUGGAUCAACUAUUGACCAUAAACAAUCUUGGCAUACUUUUUGCCUUUCAACCUGAAUUGUUUGAUACUUUUCGAAGCUCAUUUAGAUAAUCAGACUCAUUGUGGGUUCUACAGAGAAACACCAACAGUAUUCCAGCUUUCAUCUCCCCACUCCUGUAUGUGAUGUCAUGUGCAGCAGCUACAGUGGGCCUGCUUACCUCCCAGGAUUCCCCUCAGGCCUUGGACAUUAACUCUUGAAAGAACUUAUGACACAAAAUGGAGCAAAUGGCAAGUAGAAAAGAAAAUAAUUUAGAUUUUUGUUUGUUUGUUUGUAUACAAAAUAAACACCUGACCCAUCAUUGGUAGUCAGUUCCUAAAUUUAGGUUUUCUUGGAUGUGAAACAGCAUUCAAAAACCAAACAUUUUAAAGUUUUAUGCAAGAAUGCUAUUCAUUAUAAUGAUUAUAUGGAGAACUAAAGUUGUAAAAUAAUCAUGUUGUGUAUAGACUAAAUCUAAUAUUUCUGCCACCUAAAUUAAUGGUGAAAGUUUUGAAAAUUAAAUAUAGAUAUUUUCAAGACACUGUUUAAAUUAUUUCUCCAUGUUUGUGUUGUAUAUAUAACAUGCUGUUGUAAUACAAUGUUCCUUGUUUCAAUCAUUAUUUCUUUUACUGCAAAGUUUUAACUUUUGUGUGAAUGGUUUCAUUAAUUAAUUGAAACCCUAACUAUGUAAAAUGGGAAAAGUUUUGUUUGUUAUUGCAUUCUUUGCCAGAGUCUGUACCAGACUUUGCUCAGUAUAUGCUGUUGGUUCAUGUGUCACAACUCUUGAGAUCUAAGCAUUGUUAUACAGACUGAACAUUAGAGAGUAAAUUACUUUCCUAAGAUACUAAAGGUGGUAAUAAUAGAAUCAAGAGAUAAACGCAGAACUUCAGGUGCUAGCAUCAGAGAUACUUCCUCAGUACCCAUGAUUCUCAAAGUGAGGUCUCUGGCCAAUAGCAUCAGCAUUACCUGGGAAUUUGUUAGGUAGCAAAUUCUCAGCUCCAUUUCAGACAUACUGAUUGAAAAACACUGCAUGUGGCACCCAGCAAUCCUUUUCAAAAUUCCUCUUGGUGACUAAUUCAUGUUAAAGUUUUAAGAUUCACCACUAUGUGUUAGUAGUUCUCCCACUUCUCAGGUUAGUAUCACCUUAAUUGCUUGUGAAACUCCUUAUGCCCAAGCUGCAUCUCAGAUGGGACUCUGUGGAUCUGAGACUCAGAUAGCACUAAAACAAAUUUCAUUAAACGAUUCCAUUAUACAACCUUAGUUAAAACUGUUCUGUGGCAUUUAAACCUAGAUAUUAUUUAAAUUAUUAAAUUAUAGACACUAUUCCAGCCAAGAUCAAAAAUUUCACUUGAGCAAUAAAAAUAAUGGAGCCCAGCUGUUUGAGAUUGUGCUCCAUGUGUAGAUAUGGAGUAAAAGUUGGAAUAUUGUUUUGCUCUUGAUGUGCUGAGGACAGAGUGAUCAGCCUCCAGCAAAAUGUAUGAUUAGUAUCUCAGCUUGUGCAUCUAUUAAGAUCCAAAUAUGGAACACUGAAAGCUACAAGGUAAACAGGUUCUAGGAUGACUGUUUUAGAGGUGAGAAGAUCAAGGCUCAGAGAGAUGACCCUUAUUUUAGUCAGACUUAGACUGUUUCAGAUACACCUUUUUGUCUCUUUUUUUGUCUUGAAUGUUUCCACUAGAUGAAUGCCCACAAAACUAUCCUUUUUAUCGCAGUGUAUUUCCUUCUCUCUUGGACUUUGAAGAAAGACCAGAAUUGAUAGACAGCUAAAGGAUAUUUUAAGCUUCAUGAUUGGAACAUGAGGUUCCAUUUAACAAUCCGUGAAAAACUUAACUACUCAGUCAGAUCAGUUCUUUCAAUCCCAGAAGUAUGGAAUUUGGCAGUGGGUAUUCUUUUUAUCGUGUGAAUAAGCAAUUAAAAAAUAUAUUUGAGUUGGAGACCAGCCUAGGAUACUUAGUGAGUUCAGGCCAGUCUAAACCACAUAGUGAGACCUUGUUUUAAAAAACAAAGCUAAACUAAAUUAAAUGUAUAUAAAUUUGAAGAAAUGAAGCACAGAACCAUAGACUGUUGAAAAUGGAGGCAAGUAGAAUCCCUGUAGUUUCUAUAGAGCCAAUAAAAAUUUUAUGAUAGCCACCUUUAAUAUAAAUGUUUCUUUGGACAAAUGAGAACUUUUUUCCUUCAGCAUGAGUGUCAGCCACAUGCUAGGUCCUGAAUAUAGAAAGAUAAAUAAAAUAUGAUUGCUCUAAGCUGAAAUUGCACAUGUGAGUGGAGGCUCUUGAGGCUAAAGUAUAUUUUUUUAACAUCACCUAGAAGCAGACCGUUGAAUUCUGAAGCUUUCUACCUCUCACAGUAAGUUCCGAGAGUUGGCUGUUUUCCCUGGGUAAACCCCUUUUUCUAUUGCUCUUUUAACCCCAAAUCUUUUUGAGACCAGCAUUUACAUCCAAAAGAUCAAUUAUGAUCUAAAGGAAGACAGUAUUUUAAGGAAUUCAUUUCUGAUUGGAACCAGAUUCUUAACUGCCAUAUUCUCUUACAUUUAUUUGUAGACUACAAAACCUGACACACUUGAUAAGAAUCUAUAUUAUAACAUGGUAUUGCUGCUUGUAACAAAUUGGAUUAUUGCAACCACUACAGCCUGUUAUAAAAAGCUUUCCUCACUGUUAAUAUUCUCUUUAUUUUUCAAGUUGGGGGGAGUAGGUUUAUUUACAUACACACACACCCAAAUCCUUCAUAAAUUUCUUGAGUAAUCCCCGGAAAUGGAGAUGAUCUUUCUUCCUAACUUGCAGUUUUGCAAAUGAACACAGAGAAGUGAAUCUCAUUUUAAUGCUGUGCCUACAAUGCUGAUUUGAAUGAGUUUCUAUUUACUGAACUGUAUUUUACCUCCAGUCUGUGUUAGUUCUUAUAAGAAUAUCUUCCUUAUAAACUUUGUGUUUUUUGUUUCCUUUCUACCUGAUUCUCAUGUCAGCUUAGAUCCCUGGACAUAAAUACAAAUCCAUAUCUCAGAUCAUAUAGGUGCCCAAUAGCAAUGUGAAAAACAUGUGGACGUAAAACCAUUUUAGGAACUAUCACUACAAAUUAAGUAUGUUAAUGUGGCUGUCAAAAGCUAUGAUAACUUGAAAUUUUGCCAUUUGACCAGAUACAGCAAAUGAGAUAAUGUAUCUAACUGUGCCUUGUGAACUGUGGCAUUCAAUAAAAUCUUGUUGAAUUUGUCA